GGGAGGCCCCCAAGAUGGCGAUGCUGGCGGAGCCCCGGAGAAAGCAGAAGUGGUCUGUGGAUCCACGGAACAGCGCUUGGAGUAACGAUGACUCCAAAUUUGGCCAGAAGAUGCUGGAAAAGAUGGGCUGGUCCAAAGGAAAGGGUCUUGGGGCUCAGGAGCAAGGAAAUCCAGARCACAUCAGGGUUAAGGUGAAAAACGACGUGCUGGGGUUAGGAGCUACUGUCAAUCACGAGGACAACUGGAUUGCUCAUCAGGAUGACUUCAACCAGCUUCUGGCUGAGCUGAACAAUUGCCACGGACAGGGUGAAAGAGAGUCCUCAGUGAAAAAGCAGAAAAAGACAUUCAGCCUCGAAGAAAAAUCCAAAUCUUCCAGGAAACGUGUCCACUAUAUGAAGUUUGCCAAAGGUAAGGAUCUCUCAUCACGCACUGAACAGGACCUGUCCUGCAUUUUUGGGAGAMGACAGAAGAGUGCCAAGACCCAGGAAGAUUUUGCUGAUCCUGACUCCCAAGAAGAAGARAAGGAGGGGAACAACUGUCUCUCCAACCCUGGAGAUGGUUCCAAUACAGUGAAGAGCGUUCUCACUGUCCAGGAAUAUUUUGCCAAGCGCAUGGCGAAGCUGAAAGGAUCCCAGAAGGAAACAGAAACAAGGGUGGAUCAUUCCAGCCCAACAGCUGAUGAAACUGUGGAGCCCUCAGAAGAKCUGGAAACCAAAGUCAAGAAGAAAAAGAAGAAGCAGAAGAGGGAUGAUGAGGCAGAGAGGACAGAGCACUGGGAGAAACCAGGGAAACAGCCAAAAACAGGGAGCUUGAAUGGGGAGGAACUGGAUGCUCCCCUAAAUGAAUGUCACARAGGGAAAAAAAAGAGGAAACAUAAAGAGGAGCACGAAGAGGAAAGCAUCAGYUGUGAUGAAAAUACAGGCAAUGGAGAAAUUGCUGUGGGAAUGUCUGAGGGGGAGAAUCUCAGCGCAGAGGAGCAGGAGGAAAAGCACAAGAAACGCCACAAGAAGAAGCACAAAAAGCAAAAAGAGGAGACAGGUGGGUGUGUGGAAGGAGCACCCAGAAAGAAAAAGAAGCACUGCAAGAACAUUUAACCCCUUCAGGCUCAGACUGGGACUCUGGGGUGAGUCUGUGUYGGAGGGCACUGUGUGAACACAGCACCAGGCAGCACAUUGCACUCCAGGCUUGGACACUGCUCCAGCUGGGACCGUGGACUGGGUCUGAAAACAGACUGGAUCUAAACUCAGACUGCAUCUAAACCCAGCCCUCCCARUGGAAAAUAUGGUGAUGGGCCAACAGCAGCUCCAGUGCCACGUUCAAAAGAGAUCCACAUGGAGGACUAACACAUCAAGACUGUAACAGGGAAGGAAUGACUUCCUGCUGCUUCACACUGACAGUUUUCCUCAAUCCAGGAAAAAAACCCAWAAAACCCAAAAMCAGURUCACCCUAGUACUGCCUUUUUAUUAAAGUUGUUUUCACCUGUGAGAGCCCAGCUCUGCUUCUGGAAGCAGGAGGUGGUUUGCAAAGCUGUCUGUGUUUUUUCACUGGUUUUUGCAAAGUGGUGUCUAAUUUUUACACUGAUCUCAUUUUACAUAUAAAAUGAAUGUUGUUUCUUCCCAAAAUGCUUACUCUGGUUAAAGGUUUGCUGCUGAGUGUCAGUUCUAAAGGAUGAAAUAAAAAGCCCUCCCUGUGCCUCCAAACCAUUGUCAAACAGUUGUAACUUUGCACCAAAGCUAAAGGAAAUGUGUAUUAACCAUAUCCUYUACUAACCAUACCCAAAUCUUGGAUUCCCAGACAAUACUCAGGGUCUCUGCAGUGGUGCCUCUGACAUUCAGAAAGUUGCCUUGGAUARAGCAAGGUUUUUUUCCUGAAAUUGGGAGACCAGUAGAUUUUAAAAGCCCAGUAAGAUGUGUUUGGUAUUGCCAUUCACACAUUGCAAACUCACAGUUUAGAUUUAUAACCAAACURGAGCUUGUUUCUCAUUGUGAACCUGGAAAUCAGGAAUGCUGGAACUGUACACUGCCACAAGCAGUUUUGUGGGAGAUCUUCAACAUCCGGCAUGAAUUUUUGGCAUUUUAAUAUCACUCAGAAGAGAYGUGUGAGCUUGGAAAUGGUGGAAUGGGAAGAGGGAUUCACCUUCCUGGUGUGCUGAUAUUUCUUUGGCCACARCAAACUUGACAGCACAGCCCUGAAAAGCAGCCAGUUAUCCUGGCAGAAUCCAGAAUUCAAAUCCGUUAGCUGCUCAUCUCAUUCAGGCCUGGCUGGGUUUCAUCAGUGUAAAUCUAAAACAUCCCAUUGGCUGCUCUGCAGAAUGAAAUGGGUACAUUUUUAUAUUGUCUCAGCUUGGUGGAGUUGCUUAACACGGUUUGAGGAACAUUGUCAAGAUGCAGAUGUUUAAUAGGAGAAAAGAUUUCCUCAAGCUGCCUUUAUUGUGCAGUGGAGGAAGCUCCAUCUGCAAYACCCAGACCACAUGGAAGGCUUGGUCACAGCUCAACUCCUCCUUUUUAAGAUUUCUUGGUUUCCAAAGCAGCUUUUUUUUUUUUUUUCUCUGCCCUCAGAAUAUCUCAUUCACUGCAGAAAAUGCCUGAAAUUUCACYUCUUGUAUGGGAGAACAAGAUGCCUUUCCCUGGGAUUCACAUGCCAGGRGUUUUAACCCUUGUACCAUCUCCUUUUCACUGUUGUGUAAUUAUUAUCCAAUAUAAUCCUGCUUGUCCCUGGCUUMUUUAAAUGAAAUGCCACCAAAUACCAUCAGUUGCUAUCCAGUUGGGAGGAAACUCUGUGCUUGAGGUGAAAAAAAUCAUCUUCUCAAUGGACCAGGACAGCAAAAUAAUGUUUUGUGAUAAAUUGAAGUAUCCCUCCUGAUUUCUUGCUCACCACAAGUUGGAAUUUUUAUUAUUAGAAUCCAAAAGCCUGAUUGUUUCCAAUUAUUACUUUUUAACUCUUAAGCAACUGAACUUUAAAGCCUUUUUGAGAUUUAAGUUUACAAAGGUGCUAGUCAAGGAAUAAGGUUUCCUUCUYCAAAUACUGCUGGGCUUGUUUGUUUGUUCUCUCGAUUAAUUUCCAUGUGCUUCUGUGUGCUGAUUCUUGUGGGUGCUUGGCCACAUUCCAGUGUCAGUUAGAGGAAGAAUAAAACCAGGMAUAAACCUUUAAAUUUGUUCUGUUACUUCUGUUAAGUUCAGGAUACCUAAGACUUAACUUUGGCCCUGAUGGAAGUGCAAAUGGAAGAUUCUCUGUUUCUGCAAGAAGUACAUGGCACUUUAUCCUGGGAAAUGURGGAUUUUUAUGUGCCCCAAGCUCUGCAUGUGGUUGUGGGAGGAGAAAAAUCAUAAUAAAUAAAUAAUCAUCAAUCAYAAAUUGCUUGUAUUUGACAGAAGCAAUUGAUUUAAGUGCUCUGCUCUGUGUUUGUGGUCAGCAUUACUCAAUGAAAAGCUCUUUUUACCAGAUACUGCCCAGUGAAAUGGAUGAUUGGAGCAAGAGGAACAUGUUUCAGAGUAAUA